GAGUGAGAGGAGUUGAAAUAGGGCAGAGCAGGAGCGGAGCGCUGAGAGGAAACCUGCCGGAGGAGCUGAAGGAUGGCAAGUCGCUGCUGAGAGUUGGGACGCGCUACCCGUCGCUACAAACGCAGCUGCUGCUAAUACACCAGCCCAUAAUUCAUCUAACCCUUUAAACCCUGCCGGGCGGGAGGAGAGGACUGGAACUAAAAGAGCGCAGUUUGUUCACGUCGCAGCGAGGAAAUCUGUGGCACAUUUGCUCAAAUUUCCUUCCUUUCUGCCUUCUUGCCUCGGGAUACCACAGGUAGACACUCAUGGGCAACCUGGGUGUUUGGGCCGUGGCUGUGGCCGCUCUGCUGGGAACCUCAGGGUGCUGGCUGACUGAAGGGCACAAGAGCAGCAGACGAGGCAGCGUUGAUACAGCCACAAUGUCACAUACCUCCUCCCAGGAACCACACUCCAUGGAGAAGGGGAAAGCAGACGGGAACAUCGAUCAAUCCCUUCCUGAUCCAGACGGAGGUCCCUGUCGUAGGACUUACUGUGGACGUGGUCGACAGUGUGUGCUGAUGGCAGAAACCGGCCGUGCUGAGUGUGUUUGCCAGGAAAAAUGCCGGCCCUCCUUUGUGCCAGUUUGUGGCUCAGACGGCAGGUUCUACGAGAACCACUGCGAGGUUUACCGCACUGCCUGCCUGGAGAGACGACGGAUCUAUGUGGUGCACAGCAAGGACUGCUUCUUCAAAGGCAAUGCGUGCACCAUGUCAGAGUACAACCGGCUGAAGAGCAUGCUGCUGGAUAUGCAACCAAAAGUGCUGAAAUCUGGAGAGCAGAGCCAGCAGAGAAACAUGGAUGAGAAGAGAGCACUGGUGGACACCAUGUUUAAAUACCUGGAUGUGGACCAGGAUGGCCGGCUGGUCAGUGAUGAGCUGGAAAAGAUCUCUAUGAAAGAGCACCUGGAGGACAGCCUGCUGGAGUGCACCAUGCAGGACCUGCUGCGCUAUGACGACUACAACAACGACGCACACCUCAGUCUGCAUGAGUUCUACACAGCUUUCCAGGUUGUCCAGUUGAGCCUGGCAGAGGACCAGUGGAUCAGUGUCUCCACGGUAACAGUGGGCCUCAGUGCCGUCCUUACCUGUGCCAUCCAGGGUACGCUGCGCCCGCCAAUCAUCUGGAAGAGGAACGGCAUCAUACUUAACUUCUUGGACCUGGAGGAUAUUAACGACUUUGGGGACGAUGGCUCCCUGUACAUAACCAAGGUGACAACCAUCCACAUGGGGAACUACAGUUGCCAUGCCUACGGCUAUGAAGACCUCUAUCAGACACAUGUGCUGCAGGUGAAUGUCCCUCCAGUGAUCCUGGUCUAUCCAGAGACGCAGGCCCAGGAGCCCGGCGUAUCUGCCAGCCUCCACUGCCACGCUGACGGCAUCCCAAAUCCGAAACUCCUCUGGCUGAAGAAUGGCAUGGACCUGCUGCCCAGAUCCUCCAAACAGCUCUCUCUCAUAGCAAAUGGUAGUGAGCUCUUUCUUGGCAGUGUCCGGUACGAGGACACCGGAGCCUAUACCUGCAUUGCCAAGAACGAGGUGGGAGUGGACGAGGAUAUUUCCUCUCUGUUUGUUGAAGACUCGGCCAAGAAGACCCUUGCAAACAUUCUGUGGAGAGAAGAAGGGUUGAGUGUGGGAAAUAUGUUCUAUGUGUUUUCUGAUGAGGGCAUCACUGUUCUUCAGCCAAGUGAAUGUGAGAUACGCAGACACAUGAAGCGGACAGAGAGGAUUGUUGCUACCUAUGAGGAGAUGUGCCCUAAAGGUGAGGGGGUGUCACCUCAGCACUGCGUGUGGUCCUCAGCAGUUAACAUCAGGGAUAAGUACAUCUACGUGACGCAGCCCCUCCUGAGCCGACUGCUGGUUGUCGAUAUUCAAGCACAGAAGGUGGUGCAGGCAGUAACAACAGAUCCACUUCCAGUUAAGAUGCUCUAUGACAAGUCGCAUGACCAGGUGUGGGUCCUAACAUGGGGGGAUAUGGACAGAACACACCCAACCCUACAGGUAAUUCCUCAAGCCAGUGUGGGAGAAGUACAUCAUGCCAUCCACACAACUUUCCAGAGGGUCAACGAUUUCUUCAUUCCUCCAACCAACCUCAUCAUCACCCACGUUAGGUUUGCCUUUGUCUUCCUCAAAAACGAACCUGCGGUACACAAGAUUGACCUGGAGACCUUCCACCGCGUCAAGACCAUCAGCCUGAAGAACUACAGCUGCAUACCCGUCAGCAUGGCCUACACACAUCUGAGCGGCUUCUACUUCGUCCAGUGCCAGAGCAAGAGUCACUUGCAAGCCCCGCCCCAGCUCCUCAUCGACAGCGUGACGGACGCAGUGAUUGGUCCAAAUCUAAACAUCACAGGGCAGCCGUUUGUGUCGCCGGAUGGCCGCUACAUUGUGACACCUGACCAGCAGAGCUCAAAGCUGAUAGUACAGACAGUGUCAUUCCAGGGAGAGCUGGGUCUGAACCAGGAACUGGACGAGCCUGUAGCUGUCUCUGAUCUGGCUUUCCAGCCUUCCUUUACAGAGUCCAACCAGCAUGUGGUAGUCGCCACCUCAGGCUCAGGCACGGACCUGCUAUUUGCGGACCUGUCCUCGGGCGGCACUGAGGUUCUCCAAAGCCUCAAGGAGCCCCUGGACCCCCAAGCCUGGCCCUGGGGAGGCCCCAACAGAGUAGUGGUCUCCAGCGGUUUGUUCGGACAGUACCUGUUGACACCGUCAGCCGAGUCCCUCUUUGUCCUGAACGGCAAACAGAGAACGCCGCACUGCGAGGUGUCAGACAUCAAGAGAGGUAACACAGUUGUCUGGGUCGGCGAGGUAUGAGUAAAAAAGAAAAAAAGAAAGCCGGAGACGUGGGAUUAGGGCCAGACAGAAAUGGGAAAAAAAGGAAAGAUCAGGCUAAAUUACCUAAUAUAAAGAUUUAUGUGAACAUAAGUUGUGGACUCAACCCUGGGACUGAGCGAGAGGGAUACAUGCCUGGGUUUAUUGUAACAAAAGUACACUUAAAAAUAGAGUAAUUGAGAAAACAUAAAGAAACCCUGUUGUGAUAUUUCUGUUGGGAGAAAGUGUCAAUGCCGUUCAGUGCAACAGUGAUCUAUGUGCACUUAACUAUACAGAAUUGUACAUUAUUGCACUUCCUUCCAUGUUAUCACAGCAAAUAGGUACCUGAAGAGGGGUUAUUAACGAACUAUGAACUAUGCACAAUGCUCACUUUUUUUAGAGUAAAAAGCUUUCCGUUUUUGUUCAUCUCAACAAUGUUUGUCGUUUUCACCAGUGCUGCAUAUAAUCACCACAAACUGUCCGUCUGUCCUUAGUGUUGUGUGAUCUGAGUCCUUUUAAAAGCUACCAACCAACCCAUCCGUUUAUUCGCCUUUGUGAUGGUAUUGUACUGUAUCCUCCCUCUGAAAGCUUUCAUUCUCCUCAUGCCGGCAGAGAUUGGCUUUAUGCAUAUGUGUAAUACCCUCUAUUUUACAUUGUCUAUCCAAAUAGCCUGAUUGGUCCAUUAGUCGGCAAUGGAUGUUUCGCUCACAGAGGAAGCCUAAACAGAAAUGAACAGUACAUCUUGUGGUCUCUUGCAAUGGUAUAAUCUAUCCCCCGCUGUCUCUCACAUUCAUUCUGUAGCACAGAGGUGUGCUGCAGAGCCUGAAAAUGCCACUUAGUAGAUUCCCUCAGGGUUAUAACUCUGGUUGACGCUGACCCCAUAUGCUGAGGCCAUGCCAACGUGUCAUCAACUCUGCUAUCUGACUGGCUGUGAGCAUUUAUACUUCCUCCCAGAGAGCCGUGCAUCAAGAUCAAAUUCCAAGACAGGUGGACUAUACUUACCAUGUGGUAGUUAUUCAGCUCCACUUAAAGGACUAACGCAAUAUAUUUUUAUUGGUUUCUGUCUAGUCCGCAACAAAAUUUGUUUUUUUUCCGGAUUUGUCAUUUGUAUCUGCAUAGCAACCACAUAUGCACAGGAAACAACACUGUGCUAUUUUAAACAUUCCUUUUUUCAUACAUAUUGAUUGUUAAAUUACUAAAACAAGGUUUCUUUCUCAUUAUUAUUCUAAAUUGUAUACCUACCUUUUGAAAAACCCAGUAAUAAUCUAGUCUAGUCUUAAGGCAUUAACCUAAUAAACACCAGCAACUCUUUUUCUUUCAAAAUAACAGAUAUGGUCUCUCUGUGGUUGACUUGUCUUCUGUGUAACUUUUGCCAUUUACACAAAUCAUCAUAAUGAUUGACAGAAAUUACUGGAAUCAUAGUCUUUUUAACAUCUCUGCUUCUAGACAGUAGUAAAUACUUAGCUCGGAUGUCACACUUGAUGGCUCGUAGAUAUUAGGCUAAAAUGGGUUUUUGUAGCCAGCACAAAUUAGCUAGAAGCAAAGAAGUAUACCAAAACAAAAGCAAUGUCAAUUUACUGUUAAAUUAAAUCAACUAAAACAGUGUACUACAGAAACAGUACCACUAAUGCUC